AUGUUUGGGCCUUGGGUUGCAUUUGGAAAUGAAAACAGCAACAAAAGCAGCAGCUGCAACGGUAGCAGCAGCCGCAACGGCAGCAGCAGCACCAGCAGCAACAGCAGCACCAGCAGCACCAGCAGCGGCAGCAGCAAAAACAACAGCAGCAGCAGCAGCGAAUGCAUGGUGCAUCACGUUCCUGCACGUCGGUACAAAAGCGCAGCUUUUUACCUCCAGGAUCUCUCAGGUGUGCAGCAGCAGCAGCAGCAGCAACACCAGCAGCAGCAGCAGCAUAAGGAUCUAUACAGCAGAGAGAAUGACAAGAUAAGCACUCCCGCUGCUUCUGCUGCUUCUGCAGCUGCUGCUGCUGCCUCUGCUCCUGAAUACAUUCACAGGAGAAGCGGUAUUUCCCGCUGCUCUGCCGAAUACAGCAGCAGCAGCACCAACAGCGACAGCAGCAGCGGCAGCAGCAGCAGCAGCAGCAACAGCAGCAGCAGCAGCUUGCCGAUGCCGAAGGCUUCGGAAUCUUUGUCCUACAGCUGUUUAACAAGUCUCUCAACCAGCAAUGCCCAGCAUCUCUUUAACAGCAGCAGCAGCAACAGCAGCAGCAGCAGCAGCAGCAACAGCAGCAGCAGCAGCAGCAACACGCUGCAGCAAGGUAGACCGGCUGUCACUUCAGUGUGCCCACGGCAGACGUCUGUGCCUCUCCACCAGAGGCAGCAUCUGCACCUCUCAGCAGCAGCAGAAACAGCAGCAGCAGCAGCUGCUGCUGCUGUGGCUGCAGCAGAAGAUACAGAUGCCCCUUCCACAGCUGCGAGGCCGAAGAGACAGCCAGAGACGCAGCAGGCUGCUACAGCAGCAGCAGCAGCAGCAACAGCAGCAGCAGCAGCAGCAAGUAUUGAGUUUAAGCAAGGCUCUGUGUCUGCUGCUGCACCGCCUCGCCACGUCAUUCCUAUGAGGGCAAAACCCCUACCAGCAACACAACCAGCAGCAGCAGCAGCAGCUGCUGCUGCUGCAGCAACACCAGCAGCAACAGCAUCACCAGCAGCACCAGCAGCAGCAGCAGCAGCAGCAGCAGCAGCAGGUGGUGGUAGAUACCGAGUUUAUAACCAAGACAUAUUCAAGCCGGGGAGCCGUUCCCUUGCUGCUUUUAGUUCUUCUGCUUUGGGGGGGGUGUCUUCGUUGGCUCGUCAGGUCAGCAGCAAGGCGCCGCUGCUGCUGCAGAGCAGCAAACAUGUUGCUGCUGCAGCAGCAAAAAAAGCUGCAGCAGUUGCAGCAGCAGCAGCAGCUGCUGCUGCUGCUGUUGUUACAGAGUCAACAGCUGACGAGCCCUACAUGCACACCCAUCUCUAUAGACGCCGAUACAUCAGCAGCAGCAGCAGCAGCAGUAGCAGCAGCAGCAGGAGCAGCAGCAGGAGCAGCAGCAGCAGCAGCAGCAGCAGGAGCAGCAGCAGCGAGAGCGACAGGAGCCUGUACAGCAGCAGCAUAGGAUACUGCUCUGCCCUCGAUAGCUCAACCUCCCCCCCCCCUCAGCCACUCCUAUUUCUUGCAUUUCUUCUUUACACCCUGCGUCUCCCUCAGCAGCAGCAGCAGCAGCAGCAGCAGCAGCAGCAAGUGCUGCUGCAGCUGUACCUCCUUUCCAGUUUGCUGCAGUUGCUGCUCAUGGAAAUUAAAGAAAGAGGAAAUGGUGGGGUUGCUGGUGGUUAUGGUGGUGCUGCUGGUGGGGUUGCUGCUGCUGCUGCUGCUGCUGCUGGUUCGCGCCGGGGAUCCCUGCAGCUCAUGCAGCAGCAGCAACAGCAGCAGCAGCAGCAACAGCAGCAGCAGCAGCAGCAGCAGCAGCGGACACUGGGGGAAAUGCUGCCAGCUAUAUCUUCUCCUUCUUAUGCUUUUCUUGAGGCCCGUACCCUGGGGGCUCUUCUCUCUCUCCCCUCACCAAGCGAAACAACACUGAAGCUCACCUGCAGCAGCAGAAAUUAUUCUCUUUCUUUCAUCGACCUUGAAUACCUCUGCAGCACCAUCAUCUCUCCUGCAGCAGCAGCAGCAGCAGCAGCAGCAGCCUCGUGA